UUUGCCUUGAGAUCACAGGCCACGGUUCUCUAUUUGCUUAGUUCCUCUUUUCUUUUCUUCCUGUUUCUUAUUCUUGUCCUUUCAGUUAUCCUUUUUUAAAAUAUUUUGGGACUGUAUCGCAUAUGUUUAACAGCAACAGUCAUCACUGUGCUUUCCUGGUAAUUGGACCUCUGACUGGAACUGAGCGAUUCCACGUUGCGGUUUUCCAGUUCUAAUGAGGCCCCUCCCCCGGGUACUGGCCUUUUACUACACUACUCUCGUCUCGGUGAAUGAGGAGGAAGUCUGUCACCAUGUCUGGGCCUCAUGUACAAGAUGUUUAGAGGAAAGAUGGAACAGAUUUUCUGUAAAAGCAGAGCAGGAAUUCUCUUCUCGACAUGGCCUUGGAAAUCACUUAUGCCGAAGUGACGUUCAAAACCGAGUCCAAGCCCUCAGGCAGCAUCUCAUUGUCUCCUCGUGCUCCCAAAGAGAAGACCACUUCUCACAAAUGCAAUCCUGGUUUUCCCAAGCUGCUUCUUGCAUCAUUAAUGAUACUUUUCCUGCUCUUGGCAGCCUCAUGUCUUGUUGCUUUCAUCAUUUUCUUUCAAAAAUAUUCUCAGGUUCUUCAAGAGAAAACGACUCUCUUAGAAAUAUCACAGAAGCACCCAGAAUUGAAAUGUAUGAAAAUGAGUUCCACCACAGAAGGAAAAGUCUUGAGCUGUUGCCCAAAGGACUGGACACCAUUUAGUGCCCAUUGCUACUUUGUUUCUACUGACUCAAAACCCUGGAAUAAAAGUGCAGAGAGGUGCCGUAGCAUGGCGGCUAACCUGGUGGUGAUCAAUACCAAGGAGGAGCAGAAUUUCAUCAUCCAGCAUCUGGAAGCAAGAUCUUUAUAUUUUGUGGGGCUCUCAGAUCCAGAGGGUCAGAGACACUGGCAAUGGAUUGACCACACACCAUACAAUGAAAGUGCCACAUUCUGGCUUCGAGUAAGAAACACCCAACUGAAUGGCUUAGAAUAGCUGUGAGUAUUAUUGAAUAUUUCCUGAAGAUGGAAGAUCCACUCUGGAUGUGAGUGGCACCAACUAAAAGGCGUGUAUCCUGAAUGGAAUAAACUGGGCAAGCAGAAGGAAGUCUCACUUCUGUUUCUAUGGAGGAGCUCCUGUCUCUGUCCUUGCCUUGGACCUAUGUGUCCCGGCCUUCAUCACAGACUCUUCAGCAUUCCAGUGCAGACCCUCUGCUUCCUGAUACAGACUUGUGUAUGACUCUAUAAUAAGCUCCAACUUUUGAUGGGGUCUACAGAUGUACAGAUGAUGAUUUUGCAAACUUCCACACCUGACAAUUCAGGCAGACAUUGUAAGCCUACCUUGUAAAUAUAUACACGUAUUUGUAUAUUGUAUUAAAUCUGUUUCUCUAACGAACACUGACUGAUAUAGAUUUUGGUACUGGGAGUAGCUCUAGAGAAACAGAGUUAUAAAGAUGAAAUUCUGAAUUGCUCCAGUGGUUCCUGGAGUUGGCCUCUAAUCUGAUGAGACCUAAAGCUGUGAUGGUUUUAAGAAUAGGGUCACUGAGGCUGUGACUCACUCCUGUGGCAGGGGACUUGGCCCUGGCUAUGGCUAGGGGACCUCAGCUCCUCAUCAUGUGGGAGACUCUGUAAGGAUAUUGCAAGUCCUCAUAAUGUGGUAGCUGCCUUCCAGUAGAGCAACACCUUUAAUGUUACAUGCUGUAAACUCCUCUGCCCUCCACUUAAUAUAAUACAGGAGGAAUUAACUAAAACUUUGAAUGACAGAAAAUAAAAAUCAUCGAGGUUCAUCCAAGAGGCUAGCUACUCCAGUAGGGUUUCCUUUAAAUGUUACAAAAAUGUGUACCAAAAAAACCAAGUAAUUAAAAAUUCUACAUUGAAAUUAUGGAC